CAAACCAGGAAGUAAAGGGCGAGCAUUAAAUGUUAGACUACAGAGUUACUGUAGAAGUAUCAAAACAAAGCUACAUUUGUUUUAAUUAGUAUUCAACCGAUCGAGUAUCUUAAAUUAUUCUUAAACUAGUGCUAUACAGAUGGAGUGCGAGUUUCCAACCCUGCCAUUGGACUGUCUUGUUUGCAUCUUCUCCUAUUUAGACGCAGAAGAUCUGAUCACGGUUUCUUUAGUUAAUCAGUCAUGGAAUGGAGCUGCAGAAACAGCAUGGUUGUGGAGACAGAUGUGCAUGCACCGCUGGACGUUUUGCAACCUCUCAAAACUGAAUCCAGAAAUGCAGACGUGGAAAAAUUAUUACCUUCGCCGGGCCAAGUUGGAGCAACACAUGACGUCAGGAAGAGCAUCUGCAGACUACACCUGUAAAACCUUGAGAGGUCACACCGGUAGUGUAGUUGGCUUGGUUUACCUCUCCGACAGCAAUCAUCAGUUUGACUCAAAGUCCAUUGUUUGCUCUGCUUCCAGUGACGGCACCAUUCGAGCUUGGAGCAUUCAAGAGGGCAUUCAGCUGUGGUCAAGCCAAGUACAAGACGCGCCUUUGACAAAAAUUAUUGCUGAUCAGCAGACAGGCCUUGUGAUCAGCACGGACUCACAGGGGAGGAUUAAAGCCUGGAAAGCCCAAACAGGAGAUGAACUGGCUUCAUUCCCCACUGCAUCGUCAGCAUGCACAUUGCUAACCUACUACAGAAAAGACCAGUCUUUCUUGACCGCUGGUACAUCAGGCGGUGCACUUCACACAUUGACUAUCCCAGCUCUGUCUCAGGUUUCCCAUGUCAGAGCUUUCGAUACCUAUAAAAUAGAUAUUUUGUUGUUGUCACCAGACAAGCAUUGGGUAAUAGCUGCUUUAAGGGAAAGUUUAGAUUUGCACCCGAAGGUCUAUUUCACUGAGAGUUUAAGCUGUCCUUGUGAAGAUGAUCCACCUGUAUCUGCUUCCUUACCAGUUAACGGGUGCACAGCAGCAAGUUUCUUCCCCUCAGAAGCUGCCAGGGUGAUGAUCGUUCACAGUGACGGUCUGUCAAACACCAAAAAUAUCUCCAUCUUUGACAUCAAAUCAAAAAAAUCAAAAUACAAAACAGAAAUCAUGGUUGAACAGGUUGGAAGUUUUAAAUUGCUGUUUGACGGAUGGAAUUCAGAUAUCCUCCUUGAAGCACAUGGAAGUGGCACGAUUCUUAUUGCCCAAGGGAAAGAACUGAAGUUGUAUUCCAUUGCGGGUACACAGAUUGCAAGCUUCCAGGAUCACAAGGAACACAUCGCUGCCAUGUGUGUGGACUCGUUCCGGGUUGUUACUGCAUCCUAUGACCUAUCCCUCAGGGUGUUCACUUGGAAAAAAGAACAAAACAAGGACCUUUCUCUUGAAAGCCGUUAUCAUUUGCUGGGAGGAUCCCACAUGUUUUCAAGGGGAUUUACACAUGUGGCUUGUGACUACGCAAGCAUAGUGGCCUCUGUAGCAGCCAAAGAUGGAAAAGAUGUCUUGAAAGCCUAUUCCUUCAAUGCAUAAGACUUUCUGAAAAACCAGUCAACCAAAUGAACUGUUAAAGUUGUAGGUUAAGAGUUUAGAGGAUUUUGUAAAGGUGAUAAGAAAGGUUUGAACACACCCGCAGAUGGAUUCCUUGUUUUGUAAUGGAAGAGGCUUGCUUUGUUUAAACGUCUAUGUAUUAUAAUAACCUCACAGACUUUCAGCAAGCCAUUAUACUAGGAUAUAUGCCCCAUAUUGCUAACAGCUAUAUAGAUGUAUACUGCCUAUAAGGCAAAUAACUUAACACUGCAUUAUGAAUACUUGCUUACUACAGUAGGCAUGUACAGCUCACCUUGUCUGCUUUUAUUUGUGUGCAACCAGAGUGUAGCCAGCCUCUUGUCAACCACAGCAGAUAAUGUAAGUAAAAUAUUUGAGAAUUCAAA